AUGGCGCCCGAAAUCAAAUACACUAAGCUCUUCAUUAACAAUGAAUGGGUGGAUGCUAAGAGCGGGAAGACAUUUCCCACUAUCGGUCCCCACGACGGCAAAGUUAUAGCUAAUGUGGCCGAAGGCGAUAAAGCGGAUAUCGAACUAGCUGUGAGCGCCGCUAAGCGCGCGUUCCACAGAAAUUCCGAAUGGCGACUCCUGGACGCAUCAAAGCGAGGGAAGAUCCUCUACAAGUUCGCAGAUCUGGUCGAAAGGGACGCUCAAUAUUUAGCUGAACUCGAGGGCUAUGAUAAUGGCAUGAUUUGCGCAAUGAGUCAGAGAAUAACGACGUCAGCGCCAGACCAGAUAAGAUAUAUCGCUAGUUUGGCAGAUAAAGUCGAGGGCGCCACUAUCCCGCUAGAUGGCGACAUAUUUUCCUACACUCUGAAACAGCCACUUGGUGUCUGUGGAUUGAUUCUACCAUGGAACGUUCCGAUACUGAUGUUCCUCAACAAGGUCACCACAGCGUUAGCAGCAGGAUGCACUGCUGUAGUUAAGCCGGCGGAACAGACACCACUGACUGCUUUAGCGCUUGCAGCGUUGUUAAAAGAAGCCGGAUUACCAGCUGGGGUCCUUAACGUGGUUCCGGGGUACGGUGAGACAGCUGGCGUUGCGCUUACACACCACAAUGACGUUGCGAAGAUUUCGUUUACUGGCUCAUUGGAAGUCGGAAAAUUGAUCCAAAAAGCUGCUGGAGCGAAUAACUUGAAGCGAGUUACACUUGAGCUUGGUGGAAAGAGUCCUCUGGUUAUUAUGAAUGAUGCAGAUUUGGAGUUGGCAAUAAAAUUCGCUGCAUAUGGAGUGUUCACGAACCAAGGGCAGAUAUGCAUCGCUGCAUCUCGUCUCUUUGUGCAAUCCGGAAUCUAUGAUAGGUUCGUACAAGCGGCAGCGGCUGUCGCCAAGUCGCUUAAAAUUGGCAACCCAGCUGAUUCUAGUACGCAACAUGGCCCGCAGGUCGACGAAGAUAUGAUGCACAAAGUUCUAGGUUACAUAGAAAAGGGGAAAGUCGAAGGAGCUAAGCUUGUAGCGGGAGGAAAAAGAGUGGGUACUUCCGGAUUUUACAUCGAACCUACUGUCUUCGCGGAUGUUAAGGACGAUAUGACGAUUGCCAAAGAAGAGAUUUUCGGUCCGGUACAAAACAUUUUGAAGUUCGAAACAUUGGAGGAAGUGAUCGACCGCGCAAACGCAACCAAUUACGGUUUAGCUGCUGGUAUUUUUACCACAAACGUCAACACGGCAUUGCAGUACAGCAAGCACGUGGAAGCAGGCACAGUCUGGGUUAACACGUACCUGGCAAUGGGUCCCCAAGCACCAUUUGGUGGCUUUAAGGACUCCGGUGUCGGCCGUGAAACAGGAUCACAUUGCUUGGACGAGUAUCUGGAGGUGAAGACAGUUACCGUGUCUCUUCCUAAGAAAUUCUAA